AUGAAAAACAAUUAAAAAGGGUAUCUGGAGCUAAAUUAGAUUUGGCUCAGUAGACAAGAGUAUGAUGCUCAUAAGAAGAGACUCCAACAAAACUCUAAGUUGAGUCCUCAUAAGGAUUUGAGAAUCUAUGAAUAAGUCAAAAAAACUUAGUUUAUUAAUAAUAGAAAAAGAGAAUUAAUGAAAUGGUAGACAAUUUAAGAAUAAAAUACAUAAAUUCUUGCGAGGCUGGCUAAAAUAAGCAAUCGGUCACCUACACCUCCUAGUUAAUGUGGUACGCCUCGAGGUAGAAGAUCAUUAAAGGAAUCAAAAUUGCGUAUUGAAAAUGAAAACAACAGAUUGUUAUCCAAAAUUAAUGGAAUGUAAGGUUUAAUUAAAAUUAGAUAAUCUAAUCUAAAGUAGGAAAAUUUUCAAGAUUCUUAUCUGAAGCAUAAAAAGAUAUAACAGAACAUGUAAAAAUUUUAUUUUGAUAACAACCUACACAAAAUUAAAUUAAGGGUUGAUGCUUAUUUGGAUAAUUUGAAUAUGUAGAAAUCGUAUGAAAGAUCUAAAAGCUAGCAUGUUAAUCCACGAACUAGUAAAUUAAACUGA